AUGGCAGAAUUAUCCUUCCUCAGGAUACUAAAAUUCAUGCUGGGACCACCCGGGGUCCCGCUAAUAUUGGUGCUCAUGUUUGACACCAUGCUGGCGAUGAUCGUGUUCAGUCUUCUCCUGUUGGUGUUGCCAAAGCGCGUGCUGUCGAAGUCCAAGCUGGUGCGGACUGCGCGAAACAAGUUGCUUCGGUUUCUGUCGAGGAUGGUGGAGCUGUCGAUGCAAGGACCGGUUGCCCUCCUGGUGGUCUGGCUGGGACGCAAGGUUUUUCGAGGCAGGCUGCACUCUGUACCGAAGGCACCCCACGGCAUCAGCUUAAACGCUGAAGGCACCUAUGACGUGGCCUUGCAGUUUUCACCCACGAAGGGGUGGAAUCCAUUCCAUGAGGAAACUUACGUGGUGUCCUUCCGAAAAGAGGGCGUCAGCUGGGUUGAGCGAGAGUUCAACCAGAAGGAGAAUCUCGUAGAUAUGAGUGGGGAUGCCAAGAAAGGCAACCGGUUCAAGGCUGUUGUGGACGGCCUGCCAAUUGCAACUCGAAUAACUUUUCGGGUUUGUGCCGUCUCAUACUGGGGACGGGGUCCAUGGAGCAGAGAGGCACCCGUCAGUACGAUGGCAAAGCCAUCCAAAGACUUUGGGUGCACAGGCCCUCUUGGUCCGGGACGAGAAAAGACAGGAAGCGACAAGAAGGAGUACGUAUGGCUUCAGACGAGGAACGAGGUGCACAUCAGAAUACCUGUCGGCACGGGCGUUCGAGGCAAAGAUAUAAAGUUUAAAGCUUUGCCACAUCGUCUUCAAGUAGACCUCGCUGUCGGCGGCGAGACCCUCGUGUUGCUGCAUGGUCAGUUGGCACACCGCAUCAACUCGGAUGAUGCGACGUGGUAUAUUGAUGAGUCCAAGGAGGAGGGCAGGUAUAUCCAGAUAACCAUCUUCAAGCUGGAGGCGCUGGAUAGGUGGAGCCGAGUCUUCGAGGGGGAUGAACACCCGGAGAUUGACGUGCGGCAUGUGCAGUGGUUUGUGGAUCCUCUCAACCCAGGAACACUGGGCGAUUUGGAUGAAUGA